GGAGGGGGGGAGUUCAGGAGGCUCUGAGAGAGUCGAGCAUGCCGAGAGAGAGGUGAACCGCGACAGGGGGGGCAGAGCUAUCGGGACACGAAACAAACGCAGCGCGGGGGAAGGGCGAGGGAGAGCGCCGUCAGCGCGCAACUUCCCUUUGGAAGCGACAUGGGCACAACCUCCGGAGGCGAGACGCGCAGAACCCGCACCAGCAUCCACAACACCUCACCCAAACCUCCCAUUCCCCCCCCCACCACCACCCCUUCCCUCAAUCCCCCACCCCACCACCACCACCCCUGCCUUCGUUCCCCCUGCCCAACCCCAAAAAAACCAAACCCCCACUCACCCAACGCCCUCCUCACAUUCGCGAGCGCGGCCCGGAUCUCGUCGACGGUGAGCCACACGAGGACGAGGCGGAUGGAGAUGAGGGAGAAGAGGCCUGGUUGGGGUUCGUUAGUGAGUGUGGUCACGCAAGGGCGUUAGCGAGUGUGGUUGGCGAGAGCGUUAGCGAGAGUGUUUGGCGAGGGCGUUGGCGAGCGUCAGCGGAAGUGUUUGGGGGUAAGUAGGGGGGCGUGAGGGGGAGGGAGUGGAAGGGAGAAAGAGGGAGGGAGGAGGGAGGAGGGA